UUUAGCUUUCACAAAAUUUGGAGUGUUUGAAGAAAUGGGCUUCCUCUAUACAAGUAUAUAUUAAUUCUUGUUUUAAGAAUGUAUAUGCGCUGUUUGCGUUGCUCAUUUCUCUUAAUUUAGGUGCAGGUUCAAUAAGUAAAAGUUUCUAUAUUUGAUCCUGAAUUGAGGGGUUGAAAGGUAUCAGGUCUUGUUUCUAGACUGAUACUCUCUCUUGAUAUGGCAUUUGCAAGGAUUGCUAGAACUGGCUUGAGAAGAACAGGAGGCACCUUUGGCAGUUACUCAUGUGAAGGGGAUGUGUUCUUAUGUGAGGGCAGUACCAAUCGUAGAAGUCCCUUGCCUUCCCUUCAAAAUGCUAAAGCUGGCAGAGACUUUUCAUACAUUUCCAGCAUUAGGAAGUUUAAUCGCAUGAGUAUGCAGAGCAGGGGAAUCAGGGUCACUCCACAAUACCAAUCGGCAACUGCAGAGAGGAUCGUGGAGGAGUCUGAAUCGGAAUAUGAUGAACCAAUGUAUCCAGGAUUGGAAGCAACCAAGCCAGGUGACAAGCCAAGGGUAGUUGUCCUUGGUACUGGAUGGGCUGCUUGCCGAUUCAUGAAAGGACUUGACACCAGAAUUUAUGAUGUUGUUUGCAUUUCUCCAAGGAAUCACAUGGUGUUCACCCCUUUGCUUGCUUCAACUUGUGUUGGAACACUUGAGUUUCGCUCCGUAGCUGAACCUGUUAACCGGAUACAAUCUGCAUUAGCAACAAGUCCCAACUCAUAUUUUUAUAUGGCUUCCUGUUUUGGCAUUGACACAGACAUGCAUGAAGUGUACUGUGAGACAUUUAGCAAUGGUGGAUUACCCCGUGAUCCUUACCAGUUUAAAGUUGCGUAUGACAAGCUAGUCAUUGCUGCUGGAGCUGAGCCUCUGACUUUUGGUAUCAAUGGGGUAAAGGAACAUGCAUUUUUCCUAAGAGAAGUGAAUCACGCUCAAGAAAUAAGGAAAAAGCUUCUCUUGAAUCUUAUGCUUUCUGAAAAUCCAGGUAUAUCCGAAGAAGAAAAGGAACGCCUUCUACAUUGUGUUGUUAUUGGAGGUGGUCCUACUGGUGUAGAAUUUAGUGGUGAACUGAGUGAUUUUAUCAAGAGAGAUGUUCAGGACCGGUACACGCAUGUUAAGGACUAUGUUAAAGUGACCCUAAUAGAGGCAAGUGAGAUUCUGUCAUCCUUUGAUGUUGGGCUCCGGCAAUAUGCAACAAAUCAUUUGACCAAGUCUGGUGUCAGUCUUAUGCGAGGCGUGGUGAAAGAGGUGCACUCCAAGAAGAUAAUUCUCAGUGAUGAGACUAAUGUUCCAUAUGGCCUUUUGGUCUGGUCUACUGGUGUUGGUCCCUCUCAGUUUGUGAAGUCACUAGACCUUCCCAAGGCCCCUGGUGGAAGGAUUGGUAUUGAUGAAUGGUUGCGAGUCCCGUCUGUAGAAGAUGUGUUUGCACUUGGAGACUGUGCUGGUUUUCUUGAAAAUUCAGGGAGACCAGUGCUUCCAGCUUUAGCUCAGGUUGCAGAAAGGCAGGGGAAAUUUCUUGUGAAGUUGCUUAACAAGAUUGGAAAGAAGGAUGGAGGCAAGGCUUUCAGUGCAACAGACAUCCCUCUUGGUGAUCCUUUUGUCUACAAACAUUUGGGAAGCAUGGCAUCGGUGGGCCGUUACAAGGCACUAGUUGAUUUACGCCAAUCUAAGGAUGCAAAAGGCGUAUCUCUUGCUGGGUUUGUUAGCUGGUUGAUUUGGCGCUCUGCUUACCUUACGCGUGUGGUCAGCUGGAGGAACCGGUUUUAUGUGGCUGUGAACUGGGCAACCACCCUGGUUUUUGGCAGAGACACCUCCAGGAUAGGAUAGGUUUCCAUGACUCGACUCAACGUUGCCAUUCCAGAGAAAUACCGGUGUGAUUCUGAAAUUUUGUUGAGCUGGAGGCUCUGCAUAUUAUAUUAUAUUCCUUCAUAAAACCUCUCAUUCUAUAGAUUUUGGAUAGAGGAUCAAUUCAAGGUUCGUAUUGCUAACUAACAUGGAAAAUACAGAUUAGAUAACAGAAGCAGAAACAAAUUCACCUUUACUAUGUAUUAAAAUUGAUCAAUCUGUGAUAUGAUUUAUUAUUUCCAAACCAAUUGGCAUCAGUCAGGAACCCAAGAUGAUGCCGGAAGCUUGAUCAUUUUAGACUUGAAUUGGAUGUGGGCUUGAGGAUGGAAAUCAAAAUCAGAUAAAACGAUAUGGAAGAAGAAUCACUCCUUGUUCUUCUAGUAAACUCAGCCCACAAGUUUUCCACCUUAAAACAAUGCUGUGGAUUGGUGAAGGGGCAUAAGAAGGACGGGAUUAUUGCAUAUAAUUGAAGCAUUGAUUUUUCAAUUAAGCUAUAGUAUCGUACAAAAUUUGGCU